AUGUACGGCCAGUUACACUCGUCGUACAUCCGCCCUGAAAUGAUAGGAGGAGGGAGAUCGUUGGGUGGCGAUGCGGGUUAUCAGCAACCGGGAAGAGAUUUCUCCAAGUCGCAGCCGAAGGACGAGUCGUUCCUCUACGUGGAGGCAGGCGGUUGUCGUCAAGAGCCUCCUCCCCCCCCGUUGCCAACCUCCGUUUCUUCGAGGGCCCACUGGCCCGACAGUGUCUCCGUUCAAAAUUCCGUGCCGAGGAAAAAGUUUUAUUGUCCACGGUGUAACAGUGGUUACACCCGGCUGUCCGACAUGAAAACCCAUUGCCAUUUCCAGUGCGGUAAAGAGCCCCGUUACCAGUGCCCGUAUUGCACCAAGAAGGCGAAAUUCUCCUCGAACAUGUACGUCCACGUGCGACGUAUGCACAAGGACGAGAAGUUGCAGAUCAUCGACUUGUAUAAACAAUUGUCCAGA